AGACGUUUGGUAUCUAUUCAAGAAAUUGAUUUCCCUUUCUGAUGAUAUACUUUAGAGGAGCAUAUUGUUUAGAAUAACAUGGACAGUGGUGCACUGAGUAAUGAUGGGGAUUCAUUUCUGUAUUUUGGGUUUGCCAGCAACCUGCUGAGAGCCCGUAUACACAUUGGUACCCCAACCGCGAAGCUUGUUGUGCCAGCUAAACUGGAGGGUUACAGACUUUGUUUUCAAGUGUACCCCGGAUGGAGUGUAGAAGAAAGUCUGUGGAACGGAGCCCCUGCCUCUAUUAUAGAGAGUCCUGAAGGUCAUGUCUGGGGAGCAGUAUGGCGUCUCCAAAAAUCAGAUCUGGCUAAUCUAGAUCCGCCAGAAUCUAGUUACAAAGCAUUUGACGUCACGGUGACGUCACCAGAGGGUAUGGAAUACGUUUGUCGCACCUAUCAGAUGAUGAAUGGCCAAGAGGAAGAACUUCCAUCGCCAUACUACAUGAAGGUCAUCACAGAGGGCGCCGUAGAGUCUGGCCUUCCAGAAACCUACGUCGAGUUCUUAAGGUCAAUCAAGCACAAUGGACAGACCAACCCACCGGAUAUCAUGAAUAAAAUAUUCAAAUGAUCAAUUUCCUUAAUUCUAUCUAUUCUAUUAAAAAAUCGAGGAUAGUGAACUGAAAGCCCCGAAUUUGUGACCCGGGUCUGCAACAUAUCAGUUUCUCCAUAUUGUAUAUAUUGUAAAACUAUAUGUACUUAAGAAAACAAUGUUUGAUGCAUGAAGGUCAUCUGUAUCAACGAAUGCAAAAACUUAGUUGCGAAAUUUUACUCCGAUCCCAUUGACCAGUUGUUUUAGAUCAAGGUGAAAGCACACUAUUAGAAAUGACCCCAAAAAAUCCACACAAAAAAUGUGUGCUUCGAAAAAGCUAUAGAUUUAUGUAUAUUCAUGCCGGUCCAUUAAUCCAUUUCAAUAUCAUUCUAUUCAGUACAGAAAUUAUCAAGCAGAUUGUAACAAUAAAUUUGGCCAUCUGGAUCCAUGAUUCUCAAGCAAGACAUAAAGUGUUUACCCUCCAAUGAACUUGGAUGCUUCUUCAAAGUGUCCUCUAUAAUGUUCUUGGAAGAACAAAUAUAAAUCGUACGUGAAAAGUUCCUUUGUGUGUUUCAAAAUCGUCCAGAUGACCAGACAUAAUUUCAGAGUAUAAUUAAGUAUUGUCGUGGAUGAAUUAUAAUUUACAAUAUUUUACAGAAAACUAGAUGAUCAUGUUGAAUCCAUUCAAAUUGUGUCCUUUUCAAACAAGAAGUAAAAUAAAUAUGUGAUAAAGGCUAUCAUGUAAUACUCAUUCUGACUAAUUGAGAUAAACAAUAUAUCACUAACUAUAUUCUUUAUAGGUAUGCAAUACGGAUUAGAUUUAUUUUGCGAAAGGUUAUU